GGGGAAGACAACGACUCGUUUCAUGUGAGAAAUACCUAUGCGCAACUGGAGGUCUCGGGCGUCAAGGGCGAUGGAUAUGAGGAGGGGAUUGAACGGACUCGAGCUAGAAUAGGUACUAGUCGGCAAAGUCAGUUGGACGCAGAAGAAGCCCUGGGAAAUGGGAAAGAGAAGAUGAGAGACCUCCAUCCGAAGGAAAUUCAGUUUUUGGCGAAUGUGGACCGUUAUGGUUUCUUUACCAUCCCAUCUCACGACCGAUUAAUCCUACUCAAUUCUGGCCCUCUUUUGAAACGAUUGGCGCCGAGCUCAGCAGGUCCUCCAUCAGCAUCACCUAGCGCUACAUCAUUGUCUACCCUCCCACCUGUCCCACGGCCAAUCAAAGAAGCUUCCCGAAUAGCCAAGUGGACUCGCAUGCUUAUGCCGCUCAAACGCAGCCCAGGUGGCAACGUCGAAACUUGGCGUAUAAAGCCGCCCAAAGCGUCCAAGCUCCGUGAACGCACGUACAAAGGCGUUCCAGACAGAUGGCGUGGAGCUGCAUGGGACCUCAUGAUGACUGGUUAUUCAGGAAUGACGCCACAGGGCUUGGAGAAGCUGGUCGACGAAUACCACGACGCGCUGGAGAAACCAUCAAGCUACGAUAUACAAAUCGAUUUAGACGUGCCGCGGACAAUUAGCGGGCAUAUCAUGUUCAAGACGAGAUAUGGUGCUGGACAACGUUCCCUAUUCCACGUCCUCCACUGCUUCUCGCUCAAAUGCGAGACAUGCGGGUACGUCCAAGGCAUGGGCCCAAUCGCCGCUACCCUGCUCUGCUACUUUGAGCCCGAACGAGUGUACGCCUCCCUCGUCCGCCUGCACGACGCCUACAACAUGCACACCGUCUUCAACCCCGGCUUUCCCGGGCUUCUCGAAGCCAUCUACGUCCAAGAGCGCAUAACGGAACAAAUGAUGCCAGACGUGUACGCUGCGUUUCGGAAACACAUGAUCUCGACCACAUCGUAUGCGACAAAGUGGUACAUCACGUUAUUUGCCAAUUCUGUACCGUUCCAAACACAGUUGAGGAUAUGGGACGCGUUUUUGUUGGAAGGGUACGACGUGUUUGUUGCGGUGGCGGUUGCUAUUGUGUGGGUCUACCGAGACCACAUAACAUCCAACGCCGCCAACUUUGAAACCGUACUAUCCCUUCUCUCCUCAUUUUUCGUCCCAGAAGACGAGAAUGCCCUCCUUUCCUGGAUAGAGAAGACUCUGGGCGAUAAAAAACUCAGAGCUAGUGUCCUGAGAUGGAAACGAGACUGGAAAGAACUCGUCGCCACAGGAAAAGAUGCUACGGCUCUCCUGUGA